UGCUGCACUGAGAAGCACCGGCCCCUUCAUAAGCUCUGCUUCUCAACAGUGAAGUUACAGGAGUCUGACCAGAAACUAAGAUGGGCUUUUUCCCGGAGUUUUCCAUCGAGACCUGGACUUUAAUAGUCCUUUUCAUCACUCUGAUCACAGUAUAUGGAUAUGCACCAUACGGAUUUUUCAAGAAGCUUGGCAUCCCCGGACCCAAACCCAUGCCCUUUAUUGGGACAUUUUUGGGGUACAGAAAGGGCAUCCACAAUUUUGACACAGAAUGCUGCCAGAAAUAUGGAAAGGUGUGGGGGUUGUACGAUGGCAGACAGCCUGUACUGGCAAUGAUGGACACAGCUAUGAUCAAAACAGUCUUGGUUAAGGAGUGUUAUUCUAUCUUCACCAACAGACGGGAUAUUGGUCUAAAUGGACCCUUGAGAGACGCUGUAUCAAUAGUGGAAGAUGAGGAAUGGAAGAGGAUUCGCAAUAUACUCUCUCCGUCUUUCACCAGUGGACGCCUGAAAGACAUGUACACCAUAAUGUUGCAGCACUCAAGUAAUCUGAUGAAGAGCCUUCACAAGAAAGUAGAGGCGGAUGAAGUCAUAGAGGUUAAAGAAGUAUUUGGACCGUACAGUAUGGAUGUAGUGACCAGCACGGCCUUCAGUGUGGACAUUGAUUCCAUCAACCAUCCGUCUCAUCCUUUUGUUGCAAACAUUAAGAAAAUGGUCAAGUUCAACAUGAUGAAUCCCCUGCUUGUGCUUGUUGUUCUGUUUCCUUUCUUGUUGCCGAUUCUUGAGAAGAUGGAAGUGUCAUUAUUGCCUGCUGAAGUGAUGAAAUUCUUCUACAGCUUUCUGCAGACGAUCAAAUCAGACCGGACUAAGAAUGAACGCAAGAACCGAGUGGACUUCAUGCAGUUGAUGGUGGACUCUCAGAUGUCGAAUACUAGCAAAGAGGAUAAGGGCUCCAACAAAGGACUGACGGACAAUGAGAUCCUGUCUCAGGCUAUGUUCUUCAUCUUUGCUGGCUAUGAAACAAGUAGCAGCACGAUGGGAUUUGUAGCCUUCAACCUGGCAACUCACCCUCAUAUCCAAAAGACCCUGCAAGAGGAGAUUGAUGAAACCUUCCCAGAAAAGGUUCAGCCAACCUAUGAAGCCUUAAUGCAGAUGGAAUAUCUGGACAUGGUGUUGAAUGAGUCAAUGAGGUUGUACCCUAUUGCUAAUCGAUUAGAGAGAAUGUCAAAGUCUUCUGUGGACAUUGACGGUGUGACCAUCCCUAAAGGAACUGUUGUCAUGGUACCGGUUUACACUCUCCACCGUGACCCUGCUUUGUGGCCUGAGCCGGAGACCUUCAAACCUGAAAGGUUCAGCAAGGAGAACAAAGACAGCAUAGAUCCUUAUUCAUACCUACCGUUUGGAGCAGGGCCAAGGAACUGUAUCGGCAUGCGUUUUGCUCUCUUAAUGAUGAAGUUGGCCCUUGUGGAGAUCCUCCAGAACUUCAGCUUUGUCACAUGCAAGGAGACAGAAAUUCCAAUGGUGCUGGCAAAUGAUGGAUUUACCUCACCCAAGAAUCCCAUCAAACUGAAGCUGGAGCCCAGAGCAACCGUUGCAGAUCCUCCCUCAAGCUAACUCUGGUCAGGACACAACUUAAAAUGAAGGACCAUCUCGUGACACUUUCAAUAAGCAAUUCAAUAAAAAAAAUGGACCAUGCAUUAUACAAUUGCAAUCAGAAAACUGGCCAAGCAAACAACCUGGCUCCAAAAGCCUCUUCUGAUGUAGUUCUGUUUAGUUUCAAUGUAUUUUAACUGACUAUAUGAAUUUGUGUAAUCUCUUUGAUAUCUUGAAUAUAUAGUGCGCUUUAUGUGAAAUAAACAUUACUGUUCUUGCAUUUACUUUUCCUUGUAUAAGUAAUUUUUAACAGGAUCAAAUUGUACAUAAUUGUGGAAAUAUAUAGAUCACAAAUUUGAAAAACGAAUUAUAUUAUAUUAUAUUGGAAGGACUUUAGAGAGUUGCUAUAUGCUCAGUUAUAGUUAACCAGCUUUGAUUGUUUCCAUGUUGUAAGUGUUUCUUUUAAUUAUUAUUUCACAAAUUUAAGAGGGUGGAGGAGAGAACUCAUCACAAACUGGACCUGAGUGGGCCCGGCUCAGGAAACUAUAUAAACAGGCCUCAUACACCACAUUCCACUCAUUGCAUUACAGCCAUUACAGAUAUUCUUGCAAUCUAAUUUGUGACUUUUUUUUUUUAUCUAUCUAAUAAAAAUGCUCACACUUAAUUUCG